AUGGACCACCAGGAGUUAAGUCCUCACGCGUUGUACAUGCGCUUGAAGCGCUUGUGUGGCCGUACGGCGGCCGGCAAGUUGCAGGUGCCAGAAAGCAUCCACAACCAGUGGCUUACUGGCUCUCGGGACGAGUUGCUGCUCGCUCUCACCCGUAGCCUAAAGACUCAUGGUUUCGACUCCAGUGCUCGCACGCGCAACCUAGUGCGGGGCGAAUUCGAAGAGCAACUGGCACGCCUGCACGAGCAGUCGCGUUCUCGCGAUGAAGAAAUUUCUGGCGGGUGGUAUCUCGAGGAGCGCUUGGAGAAGGACCUUGGAUGGGGAAAGCCAUGGCGCUAUGAUUCCGACCAAACGGAAUAUUUUGUGCAAACGUCGGAUACAGUGAAGCUGAAGAAGUCGGAGCUCGAGCGUUGGCUUCACACAAAGGAUGGCAGUGAGGGAAUGCCUGGCGACCAGUUGAACCACAUGGCAAUGCAUGAUGAGCCACUUGAAGCUCUGCCGGAUGGAUCCAAGGGUGCUGUGCCCAUGGGGACGGUGCAGGAACUGGCGGACAACCUGCGCCAGUUCACGGACUCGGUUCACCAGAAGGCUUCUUCCGUGGUCAGCUGGCAGAAUGCUUUGGAAUCUAUGACCAAUGAGCGUGCACAAAAGUUCAUGGCGGACAGCAAGGAGAUCUUGGACAAGUUGGAGGCGUGCUUCGAGGCCCUCGCAGAGUGUGCCCACACCGUGGACUCGCGCCAGAAGCCUCUGGAAGAGUUGCAGAAGAUGGUGCAGGAAGCCAAGGAGUUUGCCCGUGCACCGUGCGUGAAAAUUUUGGCCUUGGAGCAUCGUUACAAGUUGCUGAAUGCUGAAAGGAAAGGCACCAAGCGCCCUCGUGAGAACGGGCCGGAGGGUGGGAAUGGAGAUGGCGAGCCAGCUCCGAAGGCCGGUGCGAAGAGCAAGGCUAAGGCCGCGGCCAAGAAGAAGAAGAAUGAGGUACUCCUGCAGCAUCGGCGGCUUCUUCCAGCGCUGCCUGCGCUGCUGCUGCGGGUCCUAGAGUUACACCCUGGCGUCCAAUCUAAAGCAUUCGGUUUGGGCAAGGCUCCUGCCAUUCAAUUGGCAGAGCACGCGCAAGCAAUUCUGGCAGAUGAUGCUGCCUUGGGAGUGCGACGCAGUGACCCAGUGCUGCAACGCCUUGCUUCUGGAAGCUCGCAUGCAGCCAGGGAAGCUUUCAAAGCCUUUGACCAUUCUGGCUUGCGUGGGCCAAUUGAUGUCAGUGCUGGCCAGAUUGGUGAUGAUGAGCGUUACCCGUGGAUCAAACUCACAGAUAUGGUGAAAGCCUUGAGCAAGCUCCGACGUGUGGACGUCUUGCUGCCAUCUUCGGACUUGCAGCAGGCUCGCGCCAUCCUAUCAGAAUAUUGGCGAAGGUACCAUCUCCAAUACCCAAACUUUGAGCUGUUCGACUUUGAAUUCACCCCUGAAGACUACACACUUUUGAUCCCCAUAAAGCUGCACGGCGACGAGGGGAGAAGAACCACCAAGUCACAGAACCAAGCAGAAGAAAAACAGCAAGCAGCCCAAGGACUCAACAUGAUGGGACACGUGCUGCAGACGCGCUUUCUUCUGUUUGCAGCCCUGAAGGAGACGUACUCCGAGAACCCUGAAGCGCUGGAUGAGGCCAUGGCCAUGGUGGCGUCAGAUCUCCAUGGUGCCCUUCACACUGGCGUUCCGGUAGUGGUCAACGGACUACAGCUUCGCUUAAGAUUCUGCGUCUGCUCGGUCAAAGGUGAUUGGCCGUUUUUGAUCGAAGCAGCCCACUUGGAACGUCACUUCCGGCGUGCACCAAAGCGUGGAGAGUCCAGCCUGGCUUCACCGGGCGUGUGCCAUCUAUGUCUUGGCGGCGUUUCUGGCAUAUCCUACACGGACUUUUCCACCUCCCCAGAUUGGGAAAGAACCAUGGACUCUGCUGCUGCCCAAGUUCCUUGGCAUAGCGUCAGCCCCUGGCACAGUCUUCCUGCCAUCAAGGACUUCCGUCCGUUUACGUUUCGGCCGGACUUGUUUCAUGGAUUUCACCUUGGUCAUGGACGCUACUUUCUGUCUAGUGCCCUGGUGGUUCUUCAACAGUUGGAAGAAGGGGAUGGAGUGGAGACGCGAUUCCAGCAGCUGAGUCGCAAAUGGCUGCAAUACUGUCGAUCAGUUCGAGAACGGCCGUACCUGCAAAAGAUUUCUCGUGAAUCUUUAGGCUUCAUGAGCCAUUUGGACUGGCCGGAAGGCAAGUGGCAAAAGGGUAGUACCACAACACUUUUGAUGGAGUGGCUGGAGACUAUGUUGACUGACGACUUUGUCACUGAAGCGGCUGAACGUGAUGGCCGCGUGCCAUUCAUAGCCGUUGCUGUGCGACAUAUGAAUGCUGCCUUCCGCAUGCUUUAUCGUGGCGGCGCUUGGUUGGAUGCCAGUGAGGCUUCUGAGAUAGCGCGCCACGGGCUGUUGCAUUUGAGAGCUUUCAAGCAUUUGGCAGCGUUGAGCUUGGGUCUUAAAGAGCCUCGUUUUCCGUUGCACGUGAAGGCACAUAUGUUGUGCCAUGUGUUCAGGCUCUUGCAGCUUUCAAGCAGAAGAUUGCAGUGGGUGGAGAACCCGCUGACGGAUUCUUGCCAACAGGACGAGACCUUUGUCGGAGUCCUUGCACGGUUUUCGCGCAGAGUUUCACCGAAAACCACAGUGCAUCGGACAUACGAUUUAUACAUCACCGCAUUGACCCAGCAGCUCCGAGAGGAGUGA